UGGCAUUGUGUUUGUGGGUUCUCCUGUACGAGAAGAAGCCGCCUCUUUUGCCACCUGCCCAAUCUUGCAGCAGCCAAAGACGCUUGGAAAUUGCUGCAGAGGAGGUGCCGGGCAGGGAAAACCGGCUUGCGAAAAAACCCUUUUAUUUAUUCCCUGCCUCUGUCUAAGCCUUGCAAAAAAGGGAAAUCCUAAUACACUUCCAUCCUCUUUAUUGAUCCUGCAAUCCCUCCUUUUUCUUUACAGGCACCCGAUCCUCCUAUCCGAAGAAUUUGAUGCAAGAGUUGAUCAAGCUCAAGGGGAAAAGGGACAACUUAAGGCAGAUGACAAGACACUGCAGCUGACAAACCUGGUCAUACCUGCAAGAAUAUUUCUCUUCUCCCGGAAAACAUGGCAGAGGCACCAGCCGGUUUUGGGAAGGUGGUUCUUUUCCACCAAGGAGCGCCAGGAGGACUCACCUACCGCAUCCCAGCGUUGCUGUACCUGCCGUCUGAAUCCGCUUUCCUGGCCUUUGCGGAAGAACGCUCCUCGCCCAGAGACGAAGAUGCCAGGUUCCUGGUGAUGCGGCGAGGGCAAAAGCAAGGAACGUCCGUCCAGUGGGGUCCGCAGGAAUCUCUGAUGACGGCCACAUUGCCAGGCCACCGCACUAUGAACCCUUGCCCACUGUACGAGAGGAGCAGCCGGACCGUGUUCCUCUUCUUUAUCUGUGUCCAGACCGAAGUGACGGAGCAGCAGCAGCUCAGAAGAGGGAAAAACGCCGCCAGGCUGUGUUACGUCUCGAGCCGAGAUGGAGGCCGGACAUGGAGCCAGACCACGGACCUGACCGAAAAGGCCAUUACGGAUAACCUGAGGAGAUGGGCCACUUUCGCCGUUGGGCCGGGCCAUGGCCUCCAGUUGAGCUCGGGCCGAUUGGUGGUCCCGGCAUACGCUUAUUAUAUCCACCGGCGUUGCUUUGGGCAUCCGCUCACCGUCUGGACAAAACCCCAUUCUUUCAUGUUCUACAGUGAUGAUGGUGGGAGGAACUGGUCCCAGGGCCGGCUCCUCAGGGCCGUGCGGACAUCGGAAUGCCAGGUUGCUGAACUGACCGGCCAGGAUAAUCGCCCCGUGUUGUACUGUAAUGCCCGGAGUCCCGACAGGUACCGGGCAGAGGCCUUCAGUGCAGAUCAUGGAGAGUUCUUUGAUGAAUCCUUUUUCUCUGAGGAGUUGUGUGAACCUCCCAAUGGAUGCCAGGGCAGCGUCAUGAGCUUUUCGCCCAUGGCAGAGCUAGGCGUCCAUCCCUCCUCAGCUUCCUAUGAGAACACAAAGCAAUGGCUGAUCUUCUCCCACCCCACAAACAAGCGCCAUCGCCUGGACCUGGGCAUCUACUUGAACAUGUCCCCCAUGGAGAAGGGCUCCUGGAAAGGCCCUUGGGUGCUGAACAAAGGGCCCAGCGGCUAUUCGGACCUGGCCGUGUGCAAGGAGAGGAAGUCUCUGCUCUUUGGUUGCUUGUUUGAGUGUGGAGCAGCUAAUUCUUAUGAAGAAAUUGCCUUCAAGCUCUUCACUGAUGCUGAGCUUUUGAGGGAAGGGCGAUUCUGAGCUGAGUCUCCUCAGAGUUGCAAGUCAUCAUUAUCAUCAUCAUCAUUAUCAUCAUCACCAUCACCAUCAUCAUUAUCAUCAUCAUCACCAUCACCAUCAUCAUUAUCAUCACCAUCAUCAUCACCAUCACCAUCAUCAUCACCAUCACCAUCAUCAUCAUUAUCAUCAUCAUCAUCAUUAUCAUCAUCAUCAUCAUCAUUAUCAUCAUCACCAUCACCAUAGGGGUCACUUGUGGCCAAGUAUGAUCGUCUUCCAAGGGUAGAGUGCAGGUGCCCCCAAAUUGAACACAAAGAUAUUUCAAAGACCCCAAGGACCAUCCAGUCCAGUCCCAUUGUGUCAAGUACACACAAUUGAAGCACUCCCUUAGCAGAUGGCCACCCAGCCUUUGCUUAAAAACCUUCAGAGAAAGAGAUCCCUAUCAGCACAAACCACUGAUGAACAAUUACCAUCAUGAAUUGUUUCCUAAUGUUUGUUUGGGAUCUCUUUUCCUGCAAUUUGAAUCCAUUUCUGCAUUGUAUCUUAGUUUCUGGAGCACCAGAAAACAAGCCUUGCUCCCUUCUCAAUAUGACAACCUCUCAAAGACUUAAACGAGGCUUUCAUGUCCCCCCUCAUUCAUCUCAUCUCCGACCUAAACAAAUAAAUAAUAAUAAGAAUAAGAAUAAGAAUAAUAAUAAUACUUGAACUUCAAAGAUUCUGGCAGAAACCAGUACAGGUGGUCCCGGUGGUGAUUGGCACAUUGGGUGCCGUGCCAAAAGAUCUCAUCCGGCAUUUGGAAACAAUAGACAUUGACAAAAUUAUGAUCUGCCAACUGCAAAAGGCCACCCUACUGGGAUCUGUGCGCAUCAUCCGAAAAUACAUCACACAGUCCUAGACACUUGGGAAGUGUUCGACUUGUGAUUUUGUGAUACGAAAUCCAGCAUGUCUAUCUUGUUUGCUGUGACAUAAUAAAAUAAUACUUUAUUCUUAUAUCCCGCCCCAUCCCCGCAAGGGGACUCAGAGCAGCUUACAAAGGGACCAUGCUCAAACAAUAUAAAAAUACAACAGUAAAAACAAAUCCAAACACAGCAAUAAAUACAUCCAAAAAAAAAAGCAUACAACAACAACAAUUUAAAAACAAUUAAAACAUGUUCAAUGCCCUGUAGCAGUAUAGUUGGUGCUUCAAAUCCAGUGCACUAAGCUGCGCUUCAUAGGGAUUCAAAGUUUCCAGACUUUUUAUUAUUUUGGUUGCCCUUCUCUUCCACUGGUCUAUAUCAUGCUUGCUUUGUGGUGCCCAGAACUGGACACAGAAGCACCUAUGUUUUUGCAUUCAUGUUUUUUCAAAGAUGGGGAAUGCCUAUUUUCCUCUUUAUUACUUAUCAACCAAGUGACCAGUGAUAAAGCAAAGGCAUUACAAAAACAGGGAACAUUUUUUGGUCCAGCGGCUCGACUAUGGGCUAUGCCAGUGGAGAUCAAAUUGGAUGAGACCAGCCCAUUCUAUCAUUUAUGCAAUCUGUUAUACUUUUAACCAACUUCUUCUGGAAUUCCCUUUUCUUCACAACCACUACAAAUAUAUUGACUCUGUCCAGUUAUCAAUCUGCCAAAGCAACCACAUUUACACACUUUCCUUUACACACAUUCUUCCCAUUUCUCACACUAUGUGGGCCGGGCUAGCACAGUGGGUUAAACUGCCAGGCUAUAGAAGAUCCUGCCGAACGGAAGAUUGGCAGUUCAAGCCUGGGUCGGGGUGAGCUCCCGCCAUCAGCUCAACUUCUGCUCACCUAGCAGUUCGAAAACAACAAUGUAAGUAGAUAAAUAGGUACCACUUUGGCGGGGAGGUAAAAGGUGUCCUGAAAACAUGCCGGCAAAAUCUGACAAGAAAAGGCGUUCAUGGACGAAAGGCUCCUCGGCGUGGGAAAUGAAACAACAGCACGUCUCCAUGGCCAAGUCGAGCUCAGCCGGAUGCUAAGAUGAAAAGAGGAAAGCCUGGCUUCUGUUUAUGUACUGUCUGUCUUUGUUAUUGAUUGUAUAACGGCAUUGAAUGUUUGCCAUAUAUGUACCUGUAAUCCGCUCUGAAUCUCCUUGGGGAGAUAGAGCGGAAUAUAAAUAAAGUAUAUUAUUAUUAUUA